CGGAAUAUAGGUCCCUGCGUCAAGAGCAACGACAGAAAUGCCCGCCGUGGUGUCAAGUGUGAUCCUCUCCGUGGUCUCAUAAGUCAAUUCUCUAACACUGUUUCGGCGCCGGCCAUUGUCGCGUCAUUAUACCAUCGAUCCAGGGCCAUUUACGGUCUGUCGCUCUCAGAUCUAUCAUUGUGGUGAUCGCAGUUGUUCAUGGGAGCAAUGGACCUUGAUAUCUCCGACAUCCUUGCUGAUGUCUCGCGCUCUCAAACCUACUCAACGACAUCCUCUCACCCCUACUCUUCGAGUGAUACAGACACCUUCACAGACCACCAACUCCUCACCCGGGCAUGGAUAUCGGAACGCUGCGCACCCGAUCUACUCCCCUAUCCUACAGAACUUAUGACCCGCGUAAUGUCGCGGGUCCAAUCACAGAUAUCACGUAUUGAGGAUCUAGCGAGCGGAAUGGGCGAUGGAUCUUCGCCUCUGUACCCAAACUCGAUGGACGGGCCCAAUGGCGGAAAGCCGACCAGCAGCACACAGAAUACCAACCUAGUCCUGGCGAUAUUGCAGACAGAUCUUUCACGGACACAGUUUCUUGUAAGGAGUUUGCUGAGACAACGACUCGCCAAGAUGACCAAGCACGCCACCUAUUACCUCUCUCAACAUCUCAACUCGGACACGAAGACGUCCACUAUCAUGUCGACAUCAGAAAUCAGCUUCCUGAGGCAUCACCAAGCCCUCCUAGGAGAACUCUACGAUUCGAGUUUCCUGAACUCACUUCCCUCGGGACUACGGAGGCUGGAUGAUUCAAGCGGAGGGGUACCCAUGAUCGAAGGACCAGACGGCUCAAAGGCUGUGGUCGUGAGAUGUGUGAACGAGGGGACGUGGAACAACGAAAGGGACGUCGAUCAGGCGAGGGACCAGGGCCAGGAAGAAGGUGCUAGUGUAGUGCUGCGGAUGAGGAGAGGGGAGGUCUGGGUUGUCAGGUGGAAGGACGUCAGGAACGGCGUCCAGAGGGGAGAGGUGGAGUUGUUAUGACCAAUGACCUGUACCAUCCCAUUCGAGGUGCUUGACUUAGCACCCACCAUAAGUAAUGAGAAACGACGUCUGGCCCUAGAAA